UCGCCGCGAGACGAAGCCCUGAGCCGGUCUGCAUGGCAAGUCGGAAGUCUCACUCUGGACGACGAUAGGCUUGCUUGUUCUAUUGUCGGAUUCCCGAUAACCUCAACGCGAAAAUGACCAGUCUUCGCGAUGCUGCAGCUCGACGUCGAAUGCAGUUGAAUCCGAUCACGACGUCUCUCAAUGUCGCCCAGCACCAGUCCCAUCUCCAGACGCCUCUCUCUGCCUUGUCCUCGAGUUCUCUCAGCGCUCCUUUUGCGUACAAUCCCAGCUAUACUCCCAUCAGUGCUGUGAGGCAGCAGUACAACCCGCAAGCAUGGACUGCUUCACCCAAUGUGACGCCAGAGAGUGGCAGCCAUUUCAGGCCACAAGAUCCAGAAGCGUUCGCGACUGCUCCACCUCCCCCUCCAUAUUCCCCACCACGCAGUAAUCGAACUUCGAUGAAUGAGGAACCUCUUUCUGGCGUAUCUCCUGCAAGUCGAAUCUCCCCAGCAAAUCAAUAUCGAUCUUCUCCCGAGCCAACUUCGAACCCUGUCUUUCCUCCUCCACCUCCAUCGAGUUCUAGGGCGAGAGCAGGUUCAUCCGAUAGACCGCCAUCUUUGUUCCAUAAUAUUUCCUCCUUUGCUAGAAGAACAACAGCUGAACCUCCACGCGAACCUCCACGAGUAUCUCCUGAAAUCAGCAGAGAUAAUGGCCCACGUCGACCAAUGCCCAUCUCGAUUGAGGCUCCUUCUUCCGAGUCAGAAGGAUCACAGCAUGCAGAAACGAGGCCCCCAGCGUCUCGUAGAGCUGCAUCUACUGGUGCUAUCAGUACGCCAUCAUCGUCACGCUCAUGUGGCUCGUCUACGAACAGAUGGGAACCUGGAAUGCCAUUACCACCACCUCCACCAGGACCCCCUCCUCCUCAAUCGAGAUCACAAAGCAUGACUCGGUCGACUGAUCGAGUGGUCUCUCCGCCUACACGGCGGCCCCCGCCAAUGUCAACAUUAGGACCAGUUCCACCAACUCCUGCGGGAUGGGUUGACGAAGACGUAUCAGGACGAGGGAGAUCACCAAAUCGAGGACUUACUAUUGAUACAUCAAGUGUCAGCUCGAGUAAUGCUCCUGAAUCCAAUUCUGGAUCCAGCUCUUCAGGUCUGGCAAGAGCACAUGCGAUGAAAGGUGAUCCACGGACCAUUCGCCAAAGGAGAAAUGAAAGUAAGACCAGAAGAACUGCUGCAGCAACCGAAGAAGCGUCAAAUAAUCCUUGGGCAGAGGCCAUCGUACCAUCUGACAUAGUCGUGCCAACAGUAGGCUUGGCUCGUAGACCAACUAUCACCAGGUCAACUCCAAGAAGUGCUAGGUCUCACCAGGAAGAAACUCCCAGAACGGGCGAAUCGUUGUCGGUAUCCCAGCACAAUACGCCUGUACAAUUGGGCCCAAGUAGUACUGCUUCAAGAGGAUCUACUCCACGUCCCCAAGUAUCGUCAAAUCGACUCGAAGCACCGACGCCCCCUUUUUCCCCUAACCAAUUCAACGAUGAUUUUGCUGAAGACUCGCCCGCCAUACCGCCGAAAGCAUUACCAACUCCACCGCUUCAGUCUCAGCCUCAGUCUCAGUCCCGGCUCUCAGUAGGAUCGCCCAGCAAUCGACCAGUAUCCCAUAUUUUACAUACAGCCAACAAUGAUUCAGCAGUCAUGGCCCCACUGGUUCCGUCACGGCCUGAUUCGCGACAGUCAAGUGCAAGUCAAGUCUCUCAAAUAUCACCAGCUGAACAAUUUUCCCGUGCAGCAAUCGAGAGACAUCAAGCUUUUGCUCAAAAAGAGGCUGCAGCAGCCACUGACAGUGAGCGAGUCCGGAUAUUUGCGGAUUUCAUUGUAGCCGAGUCUCGUCUCCGUCGAGAAAGAUAUGCCACAGCGAUUGACGCCAUGGGUUCCGAAAUAUUGGAACUGACCCGUGAUCUGUUCCGACCAUAUGCAAAUUCUCGGAGAGAAUCUAACACCUCAAGGUCAAGCAAUUGGACACCAGAAUCUUCAGCUGGUCCAAGGUCACCGAUUCCAACGAGUCGGUCUCAUAGAGGCUCCUUAACGGCGGCUCUCCACGACACUCCCAAGCUGAACACCAACAUCGAGCCUUUGUCAGGAUCCAUGCCUGGAUCUGGCUCUCGACCCGGAUCAGCCGAUGGCAAUGGCAAUCGACCUGAGUCGACUUGGUGGACAGGCUAUAUGCCUUCUCUUUCACCAAUUCCCAGCAUGAGUGUUAGUGAGGCUCCUGAUGGAUCAGAUUCGAGAGGCAGGCCAUCGAGCAGAUGGUGGGAGGUCAGUCAGGAAGGCUCUACCGGUGCUCCUUCUACAAGACUAGAGCGAUCCAAACGUGAAUCCAAGUACAUGGGUAUGCCAAAGGAGCUCCGUGAAGCAAUGCAGUUCGAGACUCUAGACACGCCGAAUGGCAAAGGCAUAGACAUGUCUGGACCUAGUCAACAGAGGAGCGACUAUGGACCAGAUGAAUAUCCACAAGAGAAAGUGGGUUGGCACGACCAGGACUUGUCACUACAGAAAACCCCUUCCAAAUCUCCUGCUAUGUUCUCGCCCGCCCUCAUGACACCAAAUCCUCAUGAUCUUGACGUAUCACGUCUGGUAACGCUCCCACCACCUUAUCCACGGCAUCAUCCUGCUGUUAACAACAAUCAUCCUGACUUGACUGCCAUUCGAACCACUGUCCGACAACUCAGUGACUACACCGAGGUAGAAGCAACCAAAGAACGUUUCACACAUACCAGCGCUCAGAUGGCUGAAGAGCAAAAGGUCGCUGCCACGAAACGACGGAAUUCUCUUAGACAGACAAUUUCUCGUGAGAUUGAGGCAGGGACAAUGACCUACGCUGAUGCUGCCGCUAUGGAAGCCUCUGCUGCUGCUUCAGAAGCAGAAAAGACCAAAAAAGCUUCGAAAGUCGAUUUCGAACUCUUUCAGUCCCAAGUCGUCAUACCCCUCAAUGACCUCCUCAUGGAUCGCGUAGCACGAGCCACCGAACUCUUCGACCAACUCAAAAGCAAACUCUUCGUCGACGCCCAAGAACAAAAUCCAACAACAACCCAGGAAGAAGGCGACGAGCAGCCCGAACUCCUCGAGAAACUGACCCUCCUGAAAUGGAUCUUCGAAGCUAGAGAACAGCUACACAGAGAACUAUUCGACCUCCUCUCAGACCGCAACGACCGCUACAAAGACAUGGUCAUCACGCCCUAUCGCCUGGCCAACAACAACGACAAAGUAGCGAACGCAGAAUCAUUCUUCGCCGACGACGCCACGAAGCGGAAACUGGCGUUCGAGCAAGAGGUCCUAAAACGCACAGAGGAAUUCCUAGAUGUCAUCGAAGAAAACGUCGUCCGUGGCGUCGAAGUCCAACUUUCCGCAUUCUGGGACAUCGCUCCCUCUCUCUCGCGUAUUAUCGAGAAGAUUCCAAGGGGCAAUCUAGACGGAUUUAGAAUCCAGAUUCCGGCCGCAGAGUACGAGGAGAAUGAGAGUUAUGUGGAUUUCCCGAUGCAGUAUCUCUAUUCAUUAUUAGGGCAUUGCGAGAAGAGCACGUAUCAGUUCAUCGAGAGCCAGAUUAACCUACUGUGUCUUUUGCACGAGGUGAAGAGUGGAGUGACGGCUGCGAAUUGUAGGUUGAUGCGAGCGCAGCGCGUGCAGCAGGGUGAGAAAGAGGAAGACGUCGAGAGGGAACUGGGGGAGGUGGAAACGGAUGAGGAGGUGCGGCUUACGGAUGAUCUGAAGGAGAAGGUUCGGGUUGUGGAGGAGUUGUGGGGGAGUGCGUUGGGGCGGGAGUUGGGGGGUUGUAAGGGGAUGGUGGAGGGGUUUUUGAAGGAGUGUGGGGGGUGGGAUGAUGAUCAGUCUUGAGCUUGAGCUGGUGGUG